CCUGAAUAAACAAGAAUACAGCGAUCUCUCUUAUCCUCUCCGAAGUUGAUCAGGUUUUGGGCCUGUAAUCUUCAAUGUCAGUGAGGAGCGGUGCAGAAUAACAUUUCGACUAACCUGGACAUCAAACGUGCAGAUCUGGAUAUCGAAGAUGGAGGAUAAGAUGCUCAGUUCAAUACCGCCUCCCCAUCGGUCAGGGUCUUGAAUACUGCGGCAAUAUUGGCUGGCAGGGCUACCGAGGACAGCUUCUGAGUAAUCCUCGGGAUGUUCAACAAUGUAGUCAGCCAUCAUCCUUCUCAACCGUUGAGCGGGGAUCUGAUCUUGCAGAGCACCACCAAAAGCUGUGAAUAAACAGCUGUUAUCGCUGGGCAUCACUCUUAGAACUACAUGCCGUUAACAACAAUAGUCUCUGGAGGCUAACAAAAGGUUAUCACUUACGUAGUGUUCCACCCUGUUCUGGCCACGGAACGUUGACAUCCUCUGGGCUCUCAUUCCGUUUUGCUGCACGAGAUGUCAUUGCUUGAUAUUGCGCAGCGCCAGUUUGAAGCGGCGCAGUAGGUGCGGGUGGUGGUACGUCCUCGGGUACGAUAGUGAGUGUCUCACCAUGAAGACCAAGAGAUCGAGCAAUUUGAUCACUUUGGCUAGCUUCAAGAGCCUUCAUAGCCAUAGGAGGGCCAUAUUUUAUGCCAAAGUUGGUAAUUCCUGUCUUGGCUCGAAGUUCAUCAAAUAGCACUUUAACAGUGGCAUCAUCGGGUAUCUCGAGGAUACCGGUACCGGCUGGACCUUUAUAACGAGCUCGCAUGACUGUGAUUAGGUGCAAGAUUCAAUGUAAGAUGACAAUUUCUUGGGUUUUCUCGCUGCGGAUAGUGGGUGAUUAAUGUGCUUGGGUGAAACUUGUUCGAGAUGGGUGAGGGAGGGGCUGCUUUACUCUGAGGCGAGGAAUUGAAAGGAAGCAACAGGAAAGUGAGGCACUGAAUCCGUUUUAAGCUGGGUUUGGAACCACAACACGAGAAUUCUCUGAGCUUGAGUGAUAGAUAUUCAAAUUUGUGUAUAUGAAUCACAGAAACAAUAAGGCUAAAUCGAGCCUGACUGAAUCAAUGAUCUGGAUGAAAGCCGGCACCAACAUCACAACCAUGUGUCAAGUGCCAGCCAAUUGGGACCCGCUUUUAUAAAUGCACAACCACUCUAACCAAUUACGGCACGAGAAGUCGCGCGCAAAUGCACGCGCUCUCCAGGGCAGUCGCACUUUCAAUCAAGCUCAGGAAUAGUACACAGGCACUCUUUAAUUACAGCUUCCUCCCGCUGCCGUGAUUUCGCAGUACAACCCGUCUCAGCAACUGAAUACCACAAUAUAGAUUAACUUGACCAACGCGAAUAGUACGCGCCGUUAACGCCUCGAUUUGCCGCAUUGCGACCGGACCCGAGUGGUCUCACGAGCCUGUCAUGUCCAGUCGGAGGGCGAACGCGCCAGAGGUGCGCGAAUCUAUAGAAGCAAAAACUGCCUCCGUGGACGUCGAGAUGAAGGAUACACCGGACGAUGAUGUCGAUGCCGAAGGCGACCCUGACGUAGAUAUGGACGCGGAAGGUGACGAAGAUGCCGAAGGUGAAGAGGACGCAGAAGGUGAGGUGGACGAUGAAGGCCGUCCCGAUAUGUAUCGCUUGAUCCAUAAUCUCUCGACCUAUCUAUGCAGCGUUCAGGAUGAUGGCGAGCAGCUUGCUGCUGGCUUCCAGCGCAUCCCGAAUAGACGGACGUUGCCCGAUUAUUUCGAAAUCAUCGCCGAACCCAUUGCUUUCAGUACCAUCCGAGGCAAAACUCAGAAGAAACAAUACAGCUCAUUUGCCGAGUUCGUCAAGGAUGUUGCGCAAAUCUGUCACAACGCUCAAGUUUACAACCGACCCUCCGCUCCUAUUUUCGGUGCCGCAGUUCGUCUUCGGGAAAUUCUUGUCCAAGAACUCAAGAAGCUGGUAGAAAAGGGCCACAUCAAUGCCAAUGAUGCGCAGUUGCCAGAUCUGGGCGAAUUACCACCUGCGGAAGAGUCUCCACCAGCAGAGGAUGACGACGAAGACGAGGAAGACGAAGAGGAGGAGGAUGAAGAUGAAGAAGAAGAUGAGGAUGAAGAUGAUGAUUCAGACGAUGAAGGCGGCCGACGCAGGGGACGAAGACGACGUGGCGCUGGUCGAAGAGAUCAGGACAAAGACUACGAAGAUGAUUCGCACAAACGAAGAGGCCGACCUCCUAGUGUUCUUACGCCGAACGAAGCCCGCAUCGCUUCACUAUUGAAGGGAUUGAGAAAGCCCAAGGAUGAUGCAGGAAAUCUCCUUGUUCAUCCUUUUGAGAAGCUACCAGACAAAGCAGCUGUACCCGAUUACUAUACAACGAUACUAAACCCCAUCGCUCUCGACAACAUCAAGAAAAAGGCCAAGCGGAAGAAGUAUCAAAGCAUCGACCAUGUUCUUCAGGACCUCAAUCUCAUGUUUGAGAAUGCCAAGCGGUAUAAUGAGGAUGACAGCGAAGUGUACAAGGCCGCGGUUGAGCUACAGAAGGAGGCUAUCUUUUUAGCCGAACAGGAGAAGGCCAAACCUGAUGAUGAUUUCCGAGACGAAGACGGCAAGUUACCGUUGGCAGAGAUCCAGCAUAACGGGCAGUCCUGGAAAGUCGGUGAUUGGGUUCACAUCAGAAAUCCUAACGACCUGGCCAAGCCCACCGUGGCGCAAAUCUAUCGAACUUGGCAAGACCGUGCCGGCCAAAGAUGGAUCAAUGCCUGCUGGUACUACCGACCAGAACAGACUGUACAUCGAUAUGAGAAGCAUUUCUUCGAGCAUGAAGUCGUCAAGACAGGUCAAUAUCGGGAUCAUCAAAUUGAAGAGGUCUUGGACCGAUGCUUUGUCAUGUUCGUGACCCGAUUCAAUAAAGGGCGACCUCGAGGAUUUCCUCUGGACAAGGAAAUUUAUGUGUGUGAAUCACGCUACAACGAGGAGAAGUUCACAUUCAACAAGAUCAAGACGUGGGCAAGCUGUGUCCCAGACGAGGUACGCGACAAGGACUAUGAAAUGGACCUCUUUGAUGUGCCUCGGCGCAUGAAGAAGAUUCCCAGCCCUAUUAAGCAUUUGCUCCGCGAAGAUGCAAAGGAGACAGAUGAACUCCCCAAGCCAACAUGGGGAAGCCCAAAUGCCCCGCCUAUUGUUGGAGCCGUACAUCGCCGUAAACGGGAGGCCAAUGAAUCACCACCGCCAGUGCCCACCCCUCCGCCACAAGCCAUGUCGGCGGUCCCACUACCUGAUGCUGGCGCUGAUUCUGGCCGGCGCGCUUCAAUGUUGUCAGUGCCUGGUGGCAUUCCUAGUGAUCAUUCCGGGAGACAUCCUUCAAUAUCCUAUCCUGGAGGUCCUUCACCUUCGCCCGUUCCAUACAAUGCUCACAUGACACCUCACUUUCAGCCAGUCACUCCUGGCGCCCAGCCAGCACAAGUUCAACAGACUCCAGUCCCUAUUCCACAUCAACCUCACCUGGGUGCUCAGCCUCAAGUGUCUGUACGACCUGUGCAAUAUCAACACCAACCUCAGCACUCACAGGCAGGAUAUGCACAAGGAUUCGCCCCUAACUAUGGGCAAUCGGUGCCUCCUAUGCAUCAGCAAACACCUAUGCCAAACCACAUGACCCAGGCAUACAACCAAGUGCAGGCCACUCCAGUCGCUCGCAGUCCAAUGCCGGCUGCACCAGGGAUGCCUAUGCAGGGUGGCAAUGUGUAUAACCCACCAAGACCACCAGAGGUCUACGCACUUCCCGACAAUAUGAACGAUGCGAUGCCAAAGGAGUUGCGAGAGUCAUUUCAACAUGACAGUUCUGGCCGAGUUCUCUUCUUCACUGCUCCUCCUCUCGACAGACCCCACAAGGGCAUCUCCCACGAAAGUGCUGGUUUAGGACACAGCGCCAAAUAUCUGGCUGGGAGGAAAGAAUGGUUGGCCGACCGGGAGAGGAAGAGAAAGGAGCGCGACGAGCAGAUCGGGAGUAACUCAAACAAGAAACUCGAAAGGGUUGCAGCAGAUGCGCGCCAAGCGAAAACAGACAUUGUUGCACAGGCCAGUGAUGCCAUGGCUAAAUGGUUGGAGCAAUACAACGAGGAUACCCAAAAGUGGAAAGACAAGGCAGGGCUUGAAGGUUGGCGUGAGGUCAAGCCAUCCAACAAAGAAAACAGCACUGUUUGAGACUAGUGAGCAGCAGUUGGUAACAAACAUGGAUUAAAGGCGCCCAGGUAUCCUAUUCAAGAUCAAGAGGGCGAAAACUAGGUUAACUUUCUGUGCGUUAGGAUUGGAGUAAUGGCUAAAUUCACCAAAUAAUAUCUUGGAACGAUUCUGAGACGAUUUGUAGUAGUAUUAGAUUGUACUGAUCGAUUGACGAUGUGUCCCUUUCAUCUGCAUCACAGACAGACUUCCCGGCUUCCCAGAUGACAUUGGCCCUUGCCCUUCACCUAGCUGUUGGCGGGCCGUGUGGCCAGAGUUCUUUUUCGUCAAGUUGGCCAUGGCUCGUCUGAGUGAUCCAGAUUUGUCAUCCAUCACGAAGCGCCCAACGUUGCCCGCAUAAAGCAGCAAGAAGGUACAAUUACUGCUAGGGGUUGGGAAUGUGUUGCGCAGCUCGUAAGUCCUGAUCGGAAAAUUGAUGGUCGCCUGACAAAAAUCAUGAUGGGGUGUGGACAGGGCCGUGGCAGAUUGCCUGGAAGCUGGGUCGAUGCUGAAUAUCCGACUGCAUGGCAUGGUGUCAUUACAAAGAUUUGCCGCAAUGGUCUGGUCCUCAUUUGAGCACAUUGAAGACCUCAUGCAUCAUGUUUGUACCAUCUCUACCCUAGGCUCGUUGGCCACUGUCUUCUUCCGUCCAUGCCCGAGUUCGAACAUGACCCAUUCGUAAACCGCCCACUGGACAGCAUUCACUAUGAAAGCUCGCACGCUACAGACAGUCAACCCUCUAAAGAAAACACGAGAGCCUCCCUCCCGGUACGCCUCACGUGCGACCUGUAUUGCGCCAGCCCGUUUGGUUUGUGACGCUACGUUGGGUUGCAGAAGGGGUGUUGUUUCUGCUUGUCCGCCAAGGGUCUGUGCCUGAACCCUAGUCUUGAUAACAUCGAGUGGAAAUAUGCUCGCCCAAGUUGCGACACCAGCUAGUCCUCCGCAGAGGAGAACUUUGGCGGCCUCGUGUUGCAAAGAGGUUUCUUCGCCCUGUUCCGUGGCCAGCCAACGGGUAGUCAGCUCGUAGGACCAGAAGUAAAAGCCAUAACCAACGCUAUCCCGGAUAGCAGUCACAGUUCCGCCGAAGUAAAGACCUCGAGCACCUUCUUUUUUCCAGAUAUCCUUGGUGAUAGCCCAGCUUGAGGUUGGAGAGGAUGCCAGCUGCGCCCUGCACUUGAUCAGUUCGGUGGGGGUGCUAACGACCCAAGUUGCAAGACCGCCCACCGCCCCAGCAAGCCAGGUAUUCCACAAGUUUCCAGAUGUUGAGAAUACGCUAUUUAAUGCCGCCUCGGUUCGGUUAUAAGAAACAAAGAGUAAGGCGUUCAGCGCACCGUAACCGAGAAUUGGUGCUGCAGUUCCAGUCACCAAGGAGGCGUAUGAUCCGAGGUACCGCGUGCUGAAAGAUGCACUCUGGUUGAUGGUUGAAGCCGCUGCUGUUGUUCCUGUAGGGAUCGAACCAACAGGCGGGUUCGUCACUGGACUGGUAUGUUGUGCUUGAAGUCGAACUUUGAUCACAUCAAGAGGAUUUCCGAUGAUGAUUCCAACAGCACCACUGAGAUAGCCAGCCCAGAAAUCAGCCGACAUUAUGAGACUAUUUUUGUAGACUCUAUAGGCGAGAAAAGAGGAUCAGUAUUCUUUGACACUUUGCGCUGAGCCACAGUGAUAGUGCUCAAGACGCCGAGGUAUACGAGGCCCCAGGCCAAACCGAGCCGUGCAAGAGGAGCUCGAUUCGCAGUAGCCUGGACAUUAAUUCGACGAAACCGCGUAAGAUAUUGCCAAUGCGCAAAGUGUCCAGCAACGGUUGCAGUCAAAAUUCCAGUGCGAUGUCGUGCAAUUGCUACUUGAAGAGGGGUCGGUCCAGAGGAUUGAUGGUCGGCAAAAGGAUCUCCACCGACCGAUCGGCUUUGAUCGGAGUUGGAGAGAUUGACGCUUGAAGGCAUG